CGGUGUGAGAGUGAGUGAGUGAUAGGUAGAGGGUUUGGAGAAGAGAGAACUGAGUGUGAUUCGAUGGAGAAUAAUGGGAAGGGCGGCGAAGAUGAAUCCCAAAAGAAUAACAAUAAAAAGCGAAAGCAAGUUUUCCCAUACGGCAACUACAAGAGUUACUAUGGCUAUCGAAUUGGUCAAGGCAUGGAUGAAGAUCCUCGGUUGAAAGUGUUGAGGAAGGAAUGGUUUGAAGGCAAGGAGUGUCUUGAUAUUGGCUGCAACAAUGGGAUAAUCACCAUCCAGAUUGCACAGAAGUUUUGCUGCCGGAGCAUUCUUGGAAUUGACAUUGAUAACGAUCGAGUUCAGGAUGCAUAUUGGAAUCUGAAAAAAACUGUUAGAAUGAAAUCUGCUGGGAAUAAACCUGCCAAAGCCUCCAAACUUAAGGACAAGGACCAUGCAGACAAUUCCGAGAAUAGUGUUACUGUUUUGUCAAAUGUCAAUACAGAAGAUAGUUCAAAGGAACCUUCUUUAGAGCAAAUUGAUCUGUUUGAUAUAGUUUCAUUUAAACGAGAAAAUUUCGUUCAGAGUCGGCACCCACCGGGAAAGCACUAUGAUACAAUUAUCUGUUUAAGUGUUUCAAAAUGGAUACAUCUAAAUUGGGGGGAUGAUGGCUUACUUACAUUAUUUGCAGAGACUUGGAAACUGCUCCGACCAGGUGGCAUUCUUGUGUUGGAACCUCAGCCAUGGAAGUCAUAUGAAAGCAAUCGCAAUGCCUCAGAGACUACUGCUGCCAACUACCGAAAUAUUAUGAUUCGUCCAGAACAGUUUCAGGAAAUACUGCUAGAUAAGAUUGGAUUUAGAACAGUAAAAGAUAUCACUUCAGGUUUGACAGGUAGCAAGACCGGUUUCAAUAGACCAAUUUUGGUUUUUCAGAAAUGACCCAUGCAGAAAGUCAGGUGCAAAGUCAAUGUGAUUUAAUGUGGAGUCAUUCUUUCCCAUAGAGAAGUUUCUCUUUUAUAUUUUGAGAUUGGGAUUGGUUACUUAUAAACAGAAAGCUUGGGCGUGAUGCAGCUACUAUUCACAAUGAUAACUUCAUGUGCAUAGUGCGUCCUUUGUGUUUAAAAGCAGCAAUUAAGCAAAUUUGGAGUUGACAGAGGCUUGAUUGUAGAGAAUGAAAAUCAUAUUAUGUCUUUUGUGUAUUUUGCUAAUAGAAUGUCAAUUUGAUCUCACAAAAAUCAACAAAGAU